AGUAACAUGGAAGACCAGACUGGACUGAGAUUUACAAACACAGCGAGCAAAGACAAUCAAAGCAGCUUCUAAUCUGUGUUUCCGAGCGCGUUUCGUCCGUUUUGUUUUGAAGAAAGGUGUUUUCCUGAAGUAAUGAGGAUGUUGGGCAUGUAUGUGCCGGACAGAUUCGUGCUGAAGUCCUCUAAAGUUCAGGACGGGAUGGGGCUGUACACUGCCAGAGCAGUCAAAAAGGGUGAGAAGUUCGGUCCGUUCGCAGGUGAAAAGCGGAUGCUGGGCGACUUGGAUGAAAGCAUGGAUCCUCGACUGAUGUGGGAGGUUCGAGGGAAUAAAGGUGACGUUCUUUAUAUCCUGGACGCCAGUAACCCUCGGCACGCUAACUGGCUCCGCUUCGUUCACCAGGCCCCUUCACAGGAGCAGAAGAACCUGGCCGCCAUUCAGGACGGAGAGAAUAUCUUCUAUCUCGCUGUCGACGACAUCGAGACGGAUACGGAGCUUCUGAUUGGCUACCUGGACAGUGAUAUGGAGGAGGAAGAGGAGGACCUCGAGGAAGACCAGGACAUCAAAGACGAAGAUGGGAACAGCGCAGAGAGCAAACACCUCAGUGCAGAAACAGAGCUGGCGAUUAAGAAGGAAGACUACCCGUGCCUGCUGUGUGAGAGCAGCUUCCCCAGUGAAGAAGUGUUAGCCGAACAUCUGCAGAGUCUUCAUCAGAGAGGAAGCACGGAGGACAAAGAGUUCAAAUGUCGUACCUGCGGAAAAGAGUUUCCUGUCAAACAGGCCCUGCAGCGCCAUGUUCUUCACUGCACAGAGAGCUCGGCUUCGUCAGGAGACCCUUCCAAAGCUCAUCAGUGCGUCCUGUGUCACAGCACCUUCUCUUCGGAGUCCUGCUUCGAGCAGCACAAAGAGGUGUGUAAAGGAGACGGCCGCUUCAUCUGUAAGGUUGAGAGCUGUGGGAAGAGAUUCAGGAGUAAAGACGCCCUGAAGAAACACAAAGGCAACGUCCACACAGGGAGUGCUCGCAGGAAGUUGGUAUGCACCAUCUGUAAUAAGAAGUGCUCAUCCUCACUCAACCUGCAGGAGCAUCGCAAGGUUCACGAGAUUUUUGACUGUACUGACUGUGAUAAAAAGUUCAUCUCCACGAAUCAGCUGAAGCGACACAUGAUCACGCACUCUGAAAAGCGUCCGUACACCUGCGACAUCUGCAGCCGGAGUUUCAAGCGUCUGGACCAGGCCACGGCUCAUAAGAUCAUCCACAGCGAAGAUAAACCGUACAAGUGUAAGCUCUGCUGGAAGGAGUUCGCCCACCGCAACGUCUACAAGAACCACAAAAAGACUCAUUCAGAAGAAAGGCCUUUCCAAUGCGAGGAGUGCAAGGCCCUCUUCCGCACCCCGUUCUCUUUACAGCGCCACCUCCUCAUUCAUACCAGUGAGAGGACGUUUAAGUGUGACCAGUGUGACGCCACCUUCAAGCGCAAGGACACUCUGAACGUGCACAUCCAGGUCGUUCACGACGGCCACAAGAAGUACAAGUGUGACCUGUGCGAGAAGGCCUUCGUGACGCCGUCUGUGCUCAAGAGCCACAAGAAGACCCAUACAGGAGAGAAGGAGAAGAUCUGUCCGUACUGCGGCCAGAAGUUCGCCAGCAACGGCACACUGAGAGUGCACAUCCGCAGCCACACGGGUGAACGGCCGUAUCAGUGCCCAUACUGUGACAAGGCCUUCAGCAAGAACGACGGCCUUAAAAUGCACAUACGCACACACACGAGGGAAAAGCCAUAUAAAUGCAGCGAGUGCAACAAGGCCUUCAGUCAGAAGCGCGGCCUGGAUGAGCACAUGCGCACACACACCGGAGAGAAGCCCUUCCAGUGCGACGUGUGUGACCUGUCCUUUAGUUUGAAGAAGAUGUUGAUCAGACACAAGCUGACCCAUAAUCCCAACAGACCCAUGGCUGAAUGCUCCCUGUGCCACAAGAAGUUCACCCGAAACGACUACCUCAAAGUCCACAUGGAGAACGUCCACGGAGAGACCGAGGGAUAGACGGUCACACACAAGCCUUAUAUAACCAAUGCAUAAAUUCACAGAGUAGAAACCAGCAUUGAUGUACUUCAACUGGCCAAGCUCUUUCCAAAGAUCUGCGUCAUCUACAUGUCCUUCAGACGUUUAACACUCCAUCGUAUCGCUUUUUAAUCCUGGCUGCAUUUUCAGUUUAAAUAGGAGGAAGGUAUUAAAAUGUGCAAUUGUACAGAGAAAUGGAGUAUAUCCAUCAUAACUGACCUAUUUGAUUUUUGUCCUUUUGUAUGUAAGUAUCUGUUGCGUGACCAAAGAUCAUGACCAGACAGUUUUCUACAACCUUGUUGAGAGUAAAGUUUGUUGGUUUGCAUUUAACUGUAUUAUCCGAUAUUUAUCGUUUUGUAUUUUCGGCAUUCAAGCUCACAUGAGGUUUGCGUUUGAUUGUCAGAUUAACAUCUUGCGGUUCUAAGUUUGCAUUUCAUUUGGAUGAAUGAACGAUUGAAUCGCUGAUAUCACUAAUCUGGUCAGCGUGUUGUUGUUUUUUUUUUUAAAUAAACAUUUUUCCCGACCCUGCCCCGUCCAUCUGCGGAAGGCAUGAUUCAGUGAUCUGUGGGAUUCAAAAGAUAGUGCUGCCCUUUACUUAAUUAUAAACACUUGAUUCUUGGUAAAUGGUUGGUGUCUGAGGAAUCGGAUGUGCUUUGAUGCUUGAUUAGACAUCCUCGGUCAAUGAUUGUGCCAUUGGUUAUAGCAUAAUUAAAACCUUAGUGUGGGUUUGGAUAGAAAAAUAAUUACUCAUUAGGUCUGGGAUCCAGAGCCAAAUGCACAAAUUCUGCUUUUGGGCUCUGAACUUUUAUAAGCAUGGAUGAGAUGGUGACCUGGGGCCUCAUUUAUAAAGUGUGCGCAUGCUCCGAUUUUAUCGUAGAGUGUGUGUACGCUUAAAUCCAUGGCAACGCUCGUAUUUAUAAAAACUUUCUUUGACGUGGAAAAGUGCUUAGCAUCACGUCAGGGUCUGAGCAGACGUACACACUUUUUACUGUAGGGGUAUUACAGGUUUUUGAAGAAGAAAGCUGUUCCUGCAGCUUGCUGCUGUAAAUUAUGAUGCAACAUUUUAUAAUAGCCUCCUGGUCAUAAAUACUAUGCAUUUUUAAGAGUGUUCCAACAAAUAACUUCUGAUUUGCUGCUUAUCAAUAGCUAGUAAAGUAGAUGUUAAGUUUAGGUUUGGGUUAGGAUUAGGGGAUCUAAAAUAUGGUAAUCACGCAGAAUAAAGGACUUCUUUAAGAGUUAUGAAUUCGUUUUUUAACUCUGUUUGAAUAUUAAACGUCUGAGCUAUUUAAUUCAGGCUGAGCUUAAGAAUCGUCUUUUCUGAUUUCUAGAUUUCUUUCAUUUUGAGGUGGAGACUGAAUGUCCUCUUUCACAUGAUGUUCCCUCUUGUCAUUCCUUGCUUUAAUGUCUCUUUGUGUUAUUUUGACCUCUAUAAGCAUGUGGGAGCGAAUUCUUGUUGGAUUAAAAGGGUCUUUAUCUCCGAAAAACAAAAAAAAUGAAGAAUGAAUUGCAGCUGAGGAUUUUCUCCUACCCACUUUUCAAAUCUUCUUUCUGGCUCAUGUCUUGUUGGCUGAAAUAAGUUGUAUAUAUUGAAUAUUAUUUGCACAUGAUCCUACAUCCCUCUUGUCUCUCGUUUUCUCCUCUGUUUUACAUUUCUGUUUUC